AUGAAGAGCUAUCUAUUCGCAGCUGUAGCUGCUAUAGUCCCAAAUCUUGCAUUUGCCGUGCCCACCUGCACAGGCGAGAAACAAUACUUCUUCGACACAAUCCCAGCUUCCGUCGAUUUAAAAUGGUAUCCGUGCAACCAGACUUACGAGUGCGCACGCCUCUCUGUACCAUUGAACCCUCUUGAACCCAAGAAUGGAUUGAGAAGUGAAAUUCCGAUCAUAAAACGUCCUGCAAAAUGUGGCUCGGGCGAGUACAAAGGCAUAAUCCUGACCAAUCCAGGUGGCCCAGGUGGUUUGGGUAUUGAGUUUAUCUUCACAUACGGCGAGACAAUCGCAAACUUCACUGGACCUGGCUGGGAUAUCAUUGGGUUUGACCCCCGUGGUAUGGGAUAUAGCAAGCCCAACGGUGCUAUCGGGUGGAACGGUGUUCCACUUGUAGCACCAAACCUACAGAACGCUACCUAUCUUACCCAAGAACAACUAGGGAAGCGAGCUAUCAGGCCAGACCACUAUGGCCUCAAGAUUGCACCUCGUCCGGCUGCAUGGAUCGAUACAGUGAUUGAGUCGGGAGUUGAGUUUAACGAACUCCUCCAAGCCAAGGCAAACGCUGAUAAUCAAGCUGUUCCUUACAUGACGACCCCAAAUGUUGCUUUCGAUAUGUUACAGAUAGCUAAGGCGGACGCCCGUCUUAAGGGAAAACCUGAAGAUAAUGUCCUUGUCAAUUACUACGGUCUCAGCUAUGGUUCAGUCGUCGGCCAAACGUUUACAUCUUUGUACCCACAGCACGUGGGUCGGUUUGUUAUUGACAGUGUCGUAGACCUUGAAGAUUGGUACAAUGCCGAUAUCAGGUCGACUCUGCAACAUACAGACGAGGGCGUUUCCACUUUCUUCACAACUUGCUUCGAUGCCGGUCCGGAGAAAUGCGCUUUCUUCACUGGGCACACAUCAGGUGCUAUCCGCGACCGAUUUAACAAUCUAUGGGCAAACUUCGACACCGCCAGAGGUAUUCAAGAAAACUGGGCGAAUGUUACUGAUGUCUCCGUCGGACAAGAAGUUAUGAAGAACAUUCUCAUUCAAGUUCCAUAUAACGCUAUCGUCACUUUCCCAGCCUACGCCAAGACUUUGGCGACCGUCGAAGCAUUGGUUAAAGCGAAGAAUGCCACCGCUGCGAAUAUGGAGGAGAUCAGUGUUCAAUGGACAGGACCACCAGACCCUAGCGACCCAGUUCGAGGAGAAAACGCAUUAGAGGCUUGGUGUUCAGACUCAAAUGAUCCUCGUAUGGUAGGAAGUGACUUGCCCGUUCCUCAAGAAUUUAUCAACACCGUUCACAACUACAGUGUUUCAUCCGGUGAACGUUUCAUUCAAGUCUACGGAAUCUGCAGUCGCCUCAAGCUCAGACCAAAGUGGAGAUUCAGCGGCAAGAUUGGUGGUGCUACUAAAACUCCGGUUUUGUUCGUUGGACUUUCAAAGGACCCUGUCACUCCCUUUGAAAACGCAGAGAAGGCUAGGACGCUACACAAGGGUGCCAAAAUGAUAUAUGUUGACGCUGUUGGUCACGGAAUCCUUGGUCAGCGAAACUGGUGUGUGUUCGAUAAAGUCAGGGCUUACUUCCAAAAUCUCACCUUACCUGGUCAUGAUAACCGCUGCCCUCGAAGCGAAAUUCCUUUCCAAUAUAUCCCAAAGACUUCCCGUGAAAAGCGAGAAGCUUGGGACUCGAUGGCUCAUCAUCGCAACAUCCUUAGGAUGCAUCGUUCUAUUGGGCUCUUGUAG